AUGGAGAGUUCAUUUCUUGGCCGGCUGAAACACUUUGUAGAGAUCAUUGACCCCAGCACACUCUUUGUGUCUGAGAGACGAUUGACAGAAUGCAUUAAGCUCCUGGAUGAAUUUAAACAUGGAACACUACCACCUGGAGUUUCUGAUCUACAGCUAUGGGAAGCCCAAAAGGUCAAGCAGGCCAUUAUUCAUCCUGACACAGGAGAGAAGAUUUUCAUGCCUUUUCGAAUGUCAGGUUAUGUCCCAUUUGGAACACCAAUUGUUGUGGGCCUUCUUCUUCCAAAUCAGACUGUGGUAUCCACCAUUUUCUGGCAGUGGCUUAACCAGAGUCACAAUGCCUGUGUCAACUACUCAAACCGCAAUGCUACUAAGCCUACACCGUCAUCCACGUUUCUUCAAGGUUACUUCGGAGCUGUGACCAGUGCUGUCUCCCUUGCGGUAGGACUGAAUGUACUGAUUCAGAAAGCCAACAGGUUGAGUCCAGCAUCCCGGAUGAUAAUACAGAGACUCAUCCCUUUCCCAGCUGUGGCCAGUGCCAACAUUUGCAACGUGGGCCUCAUGAGGCACAAUGAGCUGUCGGAGGGCGUCGACGUGCUGGACGAAAAUGGGAACAUAUUGGGCUCCUCAAAGAUUGCUGCCAAACAUGCAAUUAUGGAGACGGCCUUUACCAGAGUGGUCCUCCCGAUGCCAAUCUUUGUCCUUCCUCCCAUCAUUAUGUCCUACCUAGAAAAACUUCCAUUGCUGCAGACGAAUCGGAGGCUGUUGCUGCCCAUCCACAGCCUGGUGUGUCUGGCUACCUUCAGCCUCUCCCUGCCCCUGGCCAUCAGCCUAUUCCCACAGAUGUCUCAGAUAGAGGUGUCUCAGCUUGAGCCGGAGAUUGCAAUGGCAACCGAUUGCAAGGUGGUGACCUACAACAAGGGACUGUGAUGACUGGCCCCCGAGGAGAGAGUAGAGGACAGGGCACUGAACAGCGGUGCAAAUUAGCCUCCUUUUUGACUGGCUGUAACGGACACUCCAGGUCUCUCUCUGGUGUAGGGUGAAGUUGCCCCUAGACGCUGAUCUUGGCUCAGUUUUGUAUUUUCCCACUAAUGGAUUGGGGAAGGGAAGCUUAUCCCAGAUCUGAACCUAGGAGAAACUUCACCCUGGAUCUCUGUCUCCCAUAGCCUAACAUGGUAACAGCUCCAGGCACUUUUUGCUGCAUUAAAAUAGUGUAGCAUAGAUAAUGUACUGUCUUAAUCAAUGGUUUUAAUACAACACAUUCCAUGGAUUGUGAAAAUUAUGCAAAUCAGUAAGGAUUGAGGGAGGUUAAUGGAACAAUAUCGUAGUAAUAUGUUAUGAUGAAACUUUAUAAUGUUAUGCCCAUACCAGCUAUUUCGCAAUUGGUCAUGCUGAUCAACCCAAUUGUUUACAUUUUUAAGAGAUGUUUUUAUUGUUGACCCAAAGUUGUUUUUUCUAAAGUAAAAAAUAAAAUCUAAAAUAGUUUUACAAUCACAUCAAUCAGUGUUG